AUGGCCCGUGGACCUAAGAAGCACUUGAAGCGGCUUAAUGCCCCAUCGCACUGGCUUCUCGACAAAUUGUCGGGAUCCUACGCGCCCCGUCCUUCGCCUGGUCCCCACAAGUUGAGGGAUUGCAUGCCUCUUGUUGUGUUCAUCCGCAACAGGCUGAAGUAUGCGCUGAACGGACGUGAGGUCAAGGCCAUCGUCAUGCAGCGGUUGAUCAAGGUUGACGGCAAGGUCCGCACCGACCCUACCUUCCCCGCCGGUUUCAUGGACGUCAUCUCGAUCGAGAAGACCAGCGAGAACUUCCGUCUCAUCUACGACACCAAGGGACGUUUCACCAUCCACCGUAUCACCGACACCGAGGCCGAGUACAAGUUGUGCAAGGUCAAGCGCGUCCAGCUCGGAAAGAAGGGCAUUCCUUACCUCGUCACGCACGAUGCCCGCACCAUCCGUUACCCCGACCCUGCCAUCCGUGUCAACGACACCGUCAAGGUUGACCUUGCCACCGGCAAGAUCACCGACUUCAUUCGGUUCGACACUGGUGUCAUCGCCAUGGUUACCGGUGGUCGCAACAUGGGACGUGUCGGUGUCAUCACCCAUCGUGAGCGUCACGAUGGAGGUUUCGACAUUGUGCACAUGAAGGAUGCUGUUGACAACACCUUCGCCACCCGUCUGAGCAACGUCUUCAUCAUCGGAGACGAGAAGCCUUGGAUCUCGCUGCCCAAGGGCAAGGGUGUCAAGCUCACCAUUGCUGAGGAGCGUGACCGUCGCCGUGCCGCUGCCAUUGCCAACUAA